AUGUGGAGAUCAAGGAGGCCGCUUUCUAUCAAAGAGAUGAUAGCUCAAGAACAAGGUUUCUCUAACCCAUUCACUCAUCCACAUGAUUCUCGCAGUGGAAGACACUUUCUAGCCCUUAUGGAACACCAAGGGAGUGACCAACCAUACGUUGUGUCAGGCACAUUCUGUUUGCAACCGCAAAGCCCACAAGAACUAGCACUUGUCAAACAUUUUGAUGAGUUAUCCGAAAUAUACGAAAGGAAAGAUUUCUUGAAAGCUCAAUCCGAACAUGAUGAAGAUUCUCACAUCUCUACUCAUUUACACUCUAACGACGAUUUUUCUUCUGAAUUUUAUGAUACAAAGUUUGCAGCUUGCUUUGCAAUAAGCUUGGUCGCAGACAACAAGGAAAUCAUUCAAUCCGAGUCACUGAGAAAAAAAACAACCAUGAAGUUCUCAUUCCAUCGGAUCACAUAUGAAAAGAAAAGGACCAAGCACCUAAGGAGUUUACCACUCUUGUAG